AUGCCGACGCCCAUCGAGCUGAAGCUCUCCGAAACAUGCGCGAUCACCGUCUUCACGGAGUCCGGCGCCGAGACCGGCGCCGACGACCCGACGUCGCGCGAGGUCUGGCCGGCGGGGUACGCCGCCGCAAUGGAGCUCCUCGCGAUCGCGGACGAGCGAGGCGGCUCGCUCGAAGGGCUCGCCGUAACGGAGCUCGGGUGCGGGAGCGGCGUCGCGUCGCUGGCGGCAUCCCGCCUCGGCGCGGCGGUCCACGCCGCGGACGUCGAGGCGACGGCGCUCCAAUUGCUCGAGCUCGGCGCGGAAGCGUCGGGCAGCCGCGUACGCGCGCACGUACUCGACGCCACGGACGGCGACGCCCUGGACGCGUUCUUCGCGCGGACGGCGCCGGACCUCGUCGUCGUCGCGGACCUGCUCUACGACCAGACGAUCGCCGCGAAGCUCGGCGAAGCGCUCGCGAGGCACUGCCCGCCGCUGCCGCUCCUGUUGGUCGACCCGGGCCGCACGCACGGGCGGCGCCGCUUCCUGGAGACCUUCUCGCCCGACGACUUCUUCGCCUACGUCUUCGAGCCCGUGCCGGCGGCGCGGCAGUCGCCGACCACGACACCGCAACCGUGCCCGCGAAGAACGCACCACGCGACGAACACGACCUACGUGCCCUACCGCCCCAUACAACGAGGCGCCUGCACCUACGAUCCGCACGCCUGCGCCGCGCUCGAUGGCGUCGCGACGCCGCAGCCCAUCGCGGCGACGCGCCAGGACGCGCUGCCGGCGGAGUUCCCCGCCGUCGACGCGGCCGAGGUCGGCGCGAACCGCGCGUACGACUGGGCGUCGCGGGCGCAGCUCCGGCGCGGCUGCGUCGGCGACGGCGGCAACGCGACGCGCUGGGCGGCCAUCGUGGCGCGCGCCGCCGCGAACAAGCGCGCGCUCGCGCGCGGCGCCAGAGACGUGGCGCCCGUGCGCGUGCUCGUCCUCGGCGGGUCCGUGACUCUCGGCACGCAUUGCGACUUCGACCCGGGCAGCCCGCCGCGCGCGGCCUGCGCGUUCCCGCAGCGGCUCGCGACGCAUCUCGACGCGGCCUACGGACCGGGCGCCGUCGAGGUCGUGGUCCGGGCCAUGUCGGGCACGGGGAGCGGGCCGGCGUCGAAGACCCGGCGGAUCAUCGACGCGGCCGCGACGACGGACCUGCUGAUCCUCGACUACGCGAUCAACGACGCCGUCGUGGCCACGGCCAAGACCUACGACGUCGACGACGUCGCGGGCCUGCCGGAGGCCAAGGCCGUGCGCCAGUCGACGGAGGUGCUGCUCCGCGUCUUCACCGAGGCCGGCGCGCACGUCGCCGUGUUGUGCACCUUCUACGUGCCCCUGUCGCCCGCGUCCUGGACCCACUGGCUCAAGCCCGACGCGCGGGGCCACGCGGCGAGCGACGGGUCGCCGACGUUCACCUUCGUGGCCUGCGCGACGGAGGACGAGCUGCGCCGCGCGAACCGGCUCCACUACGCGUACCAGGACAUCGUCGCGCCCGUCGCGCGGCGCUACGGCGCGUCGCUCGUGAGCUACCGCGACGCCUUCUGGCCGGACGUCGCGGCGCCGCCGCACGUCGCCUACUGGUACAACACGCGCGCGGAGCACGAGACGUGCGGCCGCUACGGCGGGCCCUUCCGCCAGGACCCGCACCCGACCUACGAGGACCACCAGCUCAUCGCGGACGUGCUCUGGUACCACUGGCUCCAGCACGCGGCGGCGGCCCACUGCGCGCGCGACGACGACGGCGCCGACGGGCCCGGCGAGCCCGAGCCGGAGCCGGAGUUGUCGCCGGAGGAGGCGGCGCCGGCCGACCCGUGCGGCGCGGUCCUCGCGUCCUUCGUCGCGGAGGGGAGCGACGCCGAGUUCCCCGCGGCGCGCCGGGGCCGCGACUGGCGCUACUACGAGGACCGGCCGGCGAAGCCCGGCUGGAUCGGCCAGGCCCGGGAGCGGUCCCAGCGGCGCGAGCUCGGGCCGGUCUCGGCGUCCCGCGGCGGCGACGAGUUUCGAGAGCGUUCGACCGGGAACACGACGAAACGAUUUUCGAGAGCCUUCGGCCGGGAAAACGAUGAAACACUCCCUAGGUUGGUCUUCCGCCUGCCCUGCGGCGACGGCCCGAUCCGGCUGACGAUCCUCCGGUCCUACGCGUCCGUGGGCAGCGCGCAGGUCCGCGUCUCGCCGCCGCGCGCGCCGGGCGCCGCACCGGCCGUCGACGUCGACGACGGCGCCGUGACCCUCGUCGACGCGAAAUGGGACCGCGGCGAGUCGACCUACGAGACCAUCGACGUCCCCGCGCCGGCGGCGCGCUGCGGCGCGGGCGCCGCGCGCGACGUCGAGCUCCGCGUGCUGCCCCGCGACGCAUCGCGCAAGCUCAAGUUCAAGCUCGUCGGCCUCGAGGCCUGCGCCGGGCUCGUAAACGCGACGACCUGA